CAGUGUGAAACGGCGGUGGGAAUAUCCGGCGAAGCUUUAGCGCGAUGGAAUGCCGGAGAGUUCCAGUGAGAGCAGUGUGGGGGGAGAGCUGGGAGCAGAUCCCACUGGCGCUCGCCGGCGCUACGCUGCCGCUCGGGGAUUUUCAGCUACAGUGCGCUUCCAUGCUCAAGUGUUAAGGCGACUAGGAGCAACGCCGACUAGGAGCAGCCUUUGAUCCUGGUAAGGCUGGUCUCUCUCCUCGGACUUUAGCAAAUUCGUGCUCCAUGGAAACGCACAGUCUCUAUAGCUCUUCGGCCCUAUGAAGUUGAAAGCAAGGAAGGCCGGAGUAACACCUUUGGGGGACACUCGUCCCUGCAAAAGGCGUAGAAAGGAGUCUGGGAUGUGUGGCAAGGACGGCAAAACCAUGUCUGCGGCGUCCAUGAUCACGUCCUCUUCUCGCAAGCGCAAAAUUGAAUGCCCGACUUCUCCAGUCACUAAAGCACGAGUAGUCGUCAGUGAAGAAGUAAAAGCCGUAGCCAACCUCAUCACUUGUGUUUCCGAACAGUGUGAUGGAUUGUUGCCGCCACAGGGGGAAGAUGAUAAGAAGGCCACAGGAUUUUUCAGAAGUGCACUAGAAAAUCCACCAUCGAAGUCCUUAUUUUCUCCGACCUUCAAUUCAUCCAAGGGAAGCGCUAGCGAAGGAUCAACGAGCUGCAACUCUACUGUGGAGCAAGCGGACUGUCCAGAUGAAAGCACGGACUCUUCAGAGAUGACGACAGUCCGUCUCGGCAGCUCUCCCCCUCAGGAAAAUGCGGCAUUGGUUUCGUGCUCAACACUCGCAGAACAAUGUACUUCUACGUGUGAAGCCUUAGCUUGCUCAAGCAUAAUCAGCGUCGGCGAGGAUUGCAUACGAUGGGUGAAUAUGGAGGACGCCUCACUCGGCGAGCACAACCAAAUAGUUUGCCAGCUCCAGGAAGAGGAUGUUGAUGUGGACCCUGCGGCCUUGUUCCUGGCUAUGCACCAAACUGUGGAGAAGAGAGAAAAAGAAGCAACCGCAGAUGAACCCGACGAGCUCGACAAUUUCGAUCCUUACCUUUUCAUCAAGCACUUGCCAGAUCUCUCGGAGGUUGUGGCUCCUUGUCGCCCGAUGCUUUUACCCAAGCAAACGAGACGGUGUCCGCCAGUGACUCUCGUUCUAGAUCUCGAUGAAACGCUUGUCCAUUCGACGCUGGAGCACUGUGCCGACGCCGACUUCAGCUUCCCGGUGUACUUCAAUUAUCAAGAACACACCGUCUAUGUACGCCGGAGGCCUCACCUUCAAGUGUUCCUGGAAAAAGUAGCGCAGCUCUUCGAGAUCAUCAUCUUCACGGCGAGCCAGAGCGUGUACGCGGAGCAGCUGCUCAACAUCCUUGACCCCAAGCGCAAGCUCAUCCGGCACCGGAUCUUCAGAGACUCGUGCGUCUAUGUGGACGGCAAUUACCUCAAAGACUUGAGCAUCCUCGGCCGUGAUCUCUCCAAGGUCGCCAUUGUGGACAACUCGCCACAGGCGUUUGGCUUCCAAGUCGACAAUGGAAUUCCCAUCGAGAGCUGGUUCGACGACCGCUCCGACUGUGCCUUGCUCAUGCUGCUGCCAUUCCUGGAGACUCUCGCGACUGUGGACGAUGUCCGGCCAGUCAUCGCCAAGAAGUUUAACUUACGCAAGAAGAUCGCUGCUGCAACGGAGCCAGCGUGCUUGGCCGAAAGGAUGUUCGACCAUCCUUGCACGGAAGUUUGCUGAGAAUGCUGCGAAGAACAGCGAGAGAAGAACAAGAAAAGAAAGCAAGAACAGGGAAGGGAAAUGAUACCAGUGCUGCUGCCGCCGCUACUCCAGGUGCAAAAGAAUGAAGAUUUUUUUUCUCAGUUUUGUGCGACGACUUCUAACCGUGGCAAAGCUUUCUCCCUGCUGCUGCUGCUGCUACUCCGAGAGUUUCCUCCCAGAUCCCAGAUUUAACUCCUCCUGGUGUGAGUUUCGAUCGAUCCUCGCGACGGGAUGGAAUUUAACUCCAGCGACACAAGUGAGAGGUUCUUGGCAUGCUAGAACCUCUCGGGUGUUUCGCUAGACUCCAGUGUACCAUAGUGUUGUUCUCAUAUACGUAUGAGUUAUAGUGACAAAGCAUCAACGGCCA